AUGGUAGAGGGAAACUGUACCACUGUGACUGAGUUCAUUCUCCUGGGAUUAUCAGAUGACCCUGAGCUGAGAGUCUUCCUCUUCCUGUUCUUCCUUCUCAUCUAUGGAGUCACACUCUUCGCCAACCUGGGCAUGGCCUCACUGAUUCAGCUCAGUUCUCAGCUGCACACGCCCAUGUACUUUUUCCUCAGCCAUUUGUCCUUUGUGGAUUGCUGCUACUCCUCAAUCAUUGUGCCAGAGAUGCUGGGUAACAUCUUAAGUAAUGACAAAGCCAUUUCUUUCCUAGGGUGCAUGCUGCAAUUUUACUUAUUUUGUACUGUUGCAAUCACUGAGGUCUUCCUGCUGGCUGUGAUGGCCUAUGACCGCUUUGUGGCCAUCUGUAGCCCUCUGCUCUACACAGUCAUCAUGUCCCAGAAGCUCUGUGUGGUGUUGGUUUCUGGCUGCUACCUUUAUGCAUCCCUGUGUGCUCUGCUUCAUUUAUGCUCAGCUCUUGGGAUUCAAUCCUACAAGUCAAAUGUGAUCAACCACUUCUUCUGCGAUCUACCACCUCUCUUAAGUCUUGCUUGCUCCAAUGUCACAAUCAGUGAGAUGUUGCUGUUCAUUGUAGUCAAUUUCAAUGAGAUCCUGACUAUAAUGAUCAUCUUGACCUCCUACUUGUUUAUUCUCAUCACUGUCCUGAGGAUACACUCUGCAGAGGGAAGGUACAGAGCAUUCUCCACCUGUGCCUCCCAUCUCACAGCCAUCACUGUCUUCCAUGGAACAAUCCUUUUUAUUUAUUACCAGCCCAGUUCUGGUAAUAGCCUGGAUAUUGAUAAGGUGACUACUGUGUUCUACACUAUAGUGAUUCCCAUGUUGAACCCCCUGAUAUAUAGCCUGAGAAAUAAGGAUGUGAAAGAAUCGUUCAAAAAGGUGGUGGGCUCCAAAAGACACAGUGUCCUAAACUUUUAUUCUGAGAAACUGCAGAUGUUUAUUAUUUAA